AUGGCACUAAAUGGUGUACCACCAAAAAUCAUCGUCGUGAUCAAGGCAUAUUGUCGUUCCACUGCUGCGCGAAUUCUGGUCCAGAAAAAUCCUUGCCAACGGUUCGGUAUUCAGUUUGGCCUUCGACAAGGCUGUAUGCUGUCAUACAUGCUGUUAAACUGGAUGGUCGGGAAGGCCUUACACGAAGAUGACGGUGUUGAGUUUGCACCCGAACGCCGGUUGAGUGAUCUCGACUACGUCGAUGAUAUCACCUUACUAGCCUCAAGUUUUAUUCUGCAGUCUAUGCUGUCACGCGUGAAAGAAGUCGUUAAGUCAGUCGUUUCAUCCACGAACACCAGUGUUUCCAAGCUGCAUGCUUCACCAGAAGUCACUUCACGAGGUUGA